UAAAAGAUGACAAUAAAUCAAUCUGUAAAGAGGGGAUUAUUUCUGUAUGAAGACACUAUGAAGAUAGAGGGGAGUUCAGUUAGUAAUUGAUUAGUGUAUAUCUUACAGUGGGACCGUCCCAACACCUGGUGUUGGUAUUGAUCUAUUGAUUCACUUUAACUGUUGUCAUUGAGGUAGCAUAUGUUUAUUAUCUAGGAGGAUUUCAUGAUGUAAAAUGUUCACUGGAUAUAAAUUAUACAUGUGUAUAUAGAUAUAUAUAGGUUUAAUGAAUUUUGGGGAAAAUGUGCUCAAUGACAAUGGGAUAAAAUGGAAUUAAAUAUUUGUAAAUUGAUGUAAUGUUAUAAUUGAUGCGAAUGGUGAAGAUUAAUUGAAAGACUUAUAAUGUUUGCUGGUGAUUAAUGAUAAUGAAGAUGAUGGUAAUUCAUGAUGUAUUCUGGUAGGAUAUGUUGGCUUCUGUAUUUGGCUGUUACAUUAAUAGGGUUGUCCUGUAUAUAUGUUGUGGAGGGAAGUUGUGAGGUAGAUUACUGUAAGAAUAAUGCCACAUGUGUUCAUAACAACACCUUCAACACAACCACAUGCAAGUGCCCACCACAAUAUACUGGAGAAUUCUGUGAAACAUUAAACACUCCAUGUGAGCCUGACCCAUGUUACCAUGGUGGCACCUGUACAGUGGAGGCUGAUGGAUUUAACUGUGCCUGUACCCGGCAUUUCCUAGGUGACAGGUGUGAGGCUGUUAGAAGGUAUUGUCUCUAUGACAACCCAUGUGACAACAACGCUGUCUGUGAAGAUAUACACAAUGGAGGAUAUACAUGUUAUUGCACCCCUGGUUACUAUGGCAACCAUUGUGAGAAAGAGAUAGAUGAAUGCAGACCCUCACCAUGUGAUGAGACAGCAACCUGUCAGGAUGAAGUAAAUGGAUACACAUGUCUUUGUCCACCUGGCAGAACAGGGGUACACUGUGAGACAGUCGCCACCUCUGGUUGUACAUCACAGCCUUGUAUGAAUGCUGGUACAUGUACAAACACCGGAGUUGAUGCUCUGUACAGUUGUACCUGUGUUGAAGGAUACACAGGUGUCCACUGUCAAACUAACAUUGAUGAUUGUUUACAAAUACAAUGUGGUCAGUAUCAGAUAUGUUCAGAUCUGGUCAAUGGUUACAGAUGUGACUGUAUUGCGGGGAGAACUGGAGACACAUGUGAGGAAGUUGUGGACACUUGUGUCAGUCAACCAUGUCAGAAUAUGGGGACCUGUGUACAUGAUACAGACAGAUAUAUAUGUAACUGCCCAAAGGGUUACGCUGGAAUUCACUGUGAAACGCAGAUUGACCCGUGCUUCCCUAACCCCUGUCAUCACCAGGCUAUCUGUAUUACCAAUCACACACUGUCCACAGGAUACAUGUGUAACUGUACUGAACAUUUCCUGGGUGACAGGUGUGAGGGUAAGAUUACAAGCUGUCAAUCAUCACCAUGUCACUCUGGUGGAACAUGUACAGAGAACAUUGAUACACCAGGGUAUACCUGUAAGUGUGCCAGCAGAUACACUGGUACCCAGUGUGAGACAAGGCUGGAUGGUUGUCUGCUUGCAGGAUGUAACAAUGGUGGAACAUGUACACACUAUAAUACAGGACACAAUUGUACGUGUACACCGGGGUGGACAGGUGAAGAUUGCAGCAUUGAUAAGGAUGAGUGUAACAUAUCACCUUGUUACAAUGGGGCUGCUUGUAUCAAUUUACCUGGUUCCUUUAUCUGUUUGUGUGGUGACAACUGGACUGGGAACCACUGUGAACAAGAUGUAGCAGACUGUAACACAACUUUUUGUAAGAAUAAUGGUACAUGUAUAGAGAAAAAAGGUGAACAGUCCAAGUGUCAGUGCAGAGAAGGAACAACUGGUAUAUAUUGUGAGACAGUGCUGGAUGGAUGUGACUCGGACCCUUGUGCCAAUGAUGCUCAGUGUAUUAGUGGCAACAGAAACUUUACAUGUCUGUGUCUACCAGGAUUUCAAGGAAGGUUUUGUGAGGAGAAUAUAAAUGAUUGUGAAUCCGAUCCAUGUAUGAACAAUGGUACAUGUGUAGAUGGUGAUAAUUACUAUGUUUGUACAUGUAUACAAGGAUAUCAAGGUGUGAACUGCAGGGAGGAAGUCGAGGAAUGUAAAAGCGCCCCCUGUCUUCAUGGUGGUGUCUGUACAGAACCAAUUAUCAACCAGUAUCAUUGUGAUUGUCUGCCUGGUCUCCAUGGCAACAAUUGUGAAAUAGUGACAGUAGCAACAUUUGAUGGUUCAACUUUGAUCAGGCUUGAGCCACUGACCGGUUUCAAGAGAAUCCACCGAGAGGUUUUGCCAGAAAGUGAUAUACAAAAUGAAGAGUUUAACGUAACCAAGGCAACUAUAUCAUUCUGGUUUUCUACAAGCAUAUUCCAGGGCACAAUUCUCUCUAUUGCAGAUGUAUCAGAAAAUGUUCAUCUUCUUGUGCAGUUGGACAACAGGAAAGUUCUGGUGUCCAUUGGCAUGUAUGGUGAGACAGUGUCUGGCAGUAUAGAGCCUCUGUCGCAAGCAACGGUGAUGUCACAUAAUGUACACCUUACUAUCACAACAUCUCAUACCAAUAUCACCAUUGACAACUGUCCAGAGGGAGGUAACUGUGAUCUUAUACUUCAAUAUACCACAGUGGGUGAGGCAAUAAAUUUGAGAGGACAUCUUGUGAUUGGAGGAGUGGAUAUUGUGACACCAUAUUUGAGGAGUAAAAUGCGAUCAUUAUCAAAGUUUACUGGAUGUAUAGGGAAUGUAUCUGUGAAUGAUGAGAUACUAAAUCUGGCUGUUACCGGGCAGUUUACCUUGUUACCAGGAUGUAGGUCACAUGACCUGUGCCAUGACAACAGGUGUCAGAAUGGAGGAUCAUGUCAGGAUAUGUGGACUACAAGUUAUUGUGAAUGUACUCCAGGAUAUAUAGGGUCUGUGUGCGAAUUCCAACAAGCAGCUCAGUUUGAGAUGGAAUCUUUUCUACACUUCUCCAAAGGUUUAUCUAAAAUAACAAGUUUAUCACUGUUGUUCACAAGCAACUCAGACUCUGGAGUGAUAUUAUAUACUCUUGACAGUGAUAUGUUAUGCCUGUAUAUAGAUAGAGGAAGUCUUGUUCUUCAUUUGAUGAGCAAUGAUGAUGAUUUUAUAACUACCAUUGGUGAUGUGCAGAAUGGCGACUGGUUUAAAAUAUCUAUACAGUUUAUCAGUGGAAUUUACAAACUUACAUUGUCAGAUGAGGUCAAGGUCAUUGAGAGUAAAUCAGGUCAAGUUGGUCAGUCUAUAAAUGUUCAUGCACCAUUGUUUAUGGGUCAAAUUCACAAACAUCCUACACUAGACAUGUGGAGAAAUAAAAUCAGCUUGAACCAGUAUACUAGUUUUGUCGGAUGUAUAAAGAACCUUACAAUAAACAAGAAAGUGAUAGAUUUACAGACCGCUUCUCACUCUGUAUUUGGUAAUGAUCCAGUAGCAGCAAAACCUGGUUGCUCCAGAGAUAGUGGAUGUACUGUGUUGUCAUGCCAACAUGGGGGAACCUGCAUACCUGCCUGGACCAAUCAAACAUGUCAAUGUACGUCUAGCUUUACCGGAGAUGUUUGUGAUGAAGCCGUGGCAACUACUCUAAAUGGGAAGACAAGUUAUAUAGACAUGAAGUUAAAUACAAGUAUAAUCCCAUUCAGUGACACCGGAUAUUUUGAGUUCCGGACAAGAGAUGAAACUGCCACGUUGAUGUAUAUACAGUUCUAUAACAGUGAACUUAUGAAUGCCAGUUUGGAGUUUGGUGUGUAUGAAACUAGUCUCGAUGUGAUUCUUACAUCAGUUAACAUAUCACAAAUGAGGUUAAACACAAGUGUAUCAGAUGGGGACUGGCAUACAGUCACUUGGGUUAGAAACACAGACCAUAUCACAGUGUAUUUAGACAAUGUAUCCCAGUCCAUGCCUGUGAACUUUGACCCUUUUAUAUUUGAUCCGGUUGUCAGAGUUUUUAUUGGAGGGAAGCCCUUUCAUCAUGAUGAUUCAGGGUUCAUGAUUGGGCUAACCAAAGGUUGUUUUAGAAAUAUCUCUUUCAAUAAUAACAACAUAGAUAUUCACAAUGAAUUUCAAACAGAACCUGGUGUCACAGUUUUUAAGAAGGAUGUUUUAACCGGAUGUGUGGGUGAUAAUGUAUGUAAAGAAGGUGCUUGUCCCCAGAAUUCAGAUUGUGAUGAUAUAUGGAAUGAUAGAAUAUGUACAUGUCACGAGGGUUGGCAUGGUAACAUGUGUAACGUCAGUGUAGAUGAUUGUGUUGACAAUUUAUGUAACUACGGAGAAUGUGUAGAUAUGCAUAGAAACUACAUGUGUUUGUGUAACGAUGGUUACACCGGUAAAUUAUGCGAUGUUUUCUACAACCCUUGUGACUCUAUGCCGUGUUUUGAAAAUGGAACAGUGAACUGUACUUUGAAAUUUCCAAGCAAGUUUGAGUGUUUCUGUGAACCAGGAUGGUCUGGGGUUACGUGUGCGGAAAAUAUAAAUGAAUGUGAGAGCUAUCCCUGCUUGAAUAAUGGGAUUUGUACGGACUUAUUGAAUGAUUUUGAAUGCUCAUGUCCAACUAACAGCUUUGGAAAAAGAUGUGAACAUAUUUACAUUUGCUCUUCUUCACCUUGUUUUAAUGGCGGUACAUGUGUGCCUUAUGAAAACAACACAGACUACAUGUGUGAAUGCCGUACGGGUUACACCAGCAAAAAGUGUCAAACUUACGAUUUUUGCCAUCAGAAUUUAUGUCAAAACAACGGGUCUUGUGUCAGCAAUUCAAGUGGUUAUAUGUGUAGUUGUUUACCUGAGAACUAUGGUGCAUAUUGCCAGUUUAAUGACUACUGUGCCAGUGUUCCAUGCCAGAAUGAUGCCAUAUGUCAUAAUGAUGUCACAACUUUCCGGUGCACCUGUAAUAAACUGUAUUCAGGCGAGACUUGUGAUGUUCCCAUUAACAGGUGUGAUCAAAAUAUAUGCAAAAAUGGUGGAAGCUGUUUCUUUAAUGUCUCUGAUCUCAAUUUAAAUUAUACAUGUGAAUGUUUAGAAGGGUUCACAGGUGAACAUUGUGAAACAGAUAUUAAUGAGUGCCAGUCUAAUCCAUGUCAGAAUGGAGCAGACUGUAUUGAGAGUAAUCAACAACCGUGGAAAUUUUUCGCAGGAUUCCAUUGUGAGUGUAUCCAAGGUUACGAAGGUGAAUAUUGCGAGACCAACAUCAAUGAUUGUGAAAGUAUGCCAUGUAGGAAUAAUGGAACAUGUAUAGACCUUGUAAAUAAAUUUGAAUGUAAUUGUGUAGAAGGAUUUAUGGGUAAUUUAUGCGAGCUAGAUAAGAGAGGAUGUGCAUCUGCUCCCUGUAACAAUGGUGGCACAUGUGAGCAAAAUGGCGAUAGUUACACAUGCGUCUGUGUUUCUGGCUUUACAGGGACUUAUUGCAACAUUGAUAUAGAUAACUGUGUAAAUAAUGCCUGUGUAAAUGGUGCUAUGUGUGUUGAUGGCAUAGAUUCAUACACGUGUCAGUGUCUCCCUGGAUACGGGGGAGAACAUUGUGAACAGGUACAUGAUGCGUGUUUCAGUCAACCAUGUAAAAAUAACGGAAAGUGUAUAUUUCGGGGCUUGUGCAACUGCACAGAUGUCAUAGAGUCCUGCGGUUGGCACAAUGAGACAUGUCAGAUCAACCUGUGUUCAGACACUUCAGGUUGCUCUACCUAUAAUACAGCGUACAUCUGUGACUGUGUCAGGACCGGGUACCAGGGAGCAACAUGUGAUACUGAUGUGGACGAGUGUUUGUUAGAGGGAGCAUGUGAGCAUGGUGGUGUCUGUACAAACACUGUUGGUAAUUAUACAUGUGACUGUAAACAGACAGGAUAUGUGGGUCACAGGUGCGAGGAGGAUAUCAAUGAGUGCCGUGGACCAAAUCCUUGCUAUAAUGCUGGGGAGUGUAAGAAUUUAUUUGGUUCGUUCAAAUGUUUAUGCGGUGCUGGCUGGACAGGCGAGACGUGUGGUGAGUUGAUUGACAGUUGUCAAGGCAACACGUGUAAGAACAAUGGUUUGUGUGUCAACACAAGGUCAGGCUUUAUAUGUAACUGUGCUGGUACAGGAUUCCAGGGAGAUAACUGUGAUAUAAAUGUCAAUGAUUGUGUUGGAAACCCUUGUAUGAACAAUGGCCGCUGUAUUGAUGAAAUCAAUUCAUUUACAUGUGAUUGUGAGGGAACUGGUUACCAAGGUAAUCUCUGUGAGAUAGAAACAGAUGACUGCGCAGACAUGCCAUGCAAGAACAAUGGUUCAUGUACAGACCUAGGUUUGAGUUAUAAAUGUGAGUGUAUGCCCGGAUAUACUGGUAUUAUCUGCAGAGAGGACAUCGAUGAAUGUAUAACUGACCAACAUCGUUGUACCGCUGAUUCGACAUGUGAAAAUAGCGUGGGAUCUUACUCGUGUUUAUGCUCUGAUGCAUUCACUGGUCAGUUCUGUGAAGUUUCAUUGUUGAAGAGCAGCGAUAAAGGUUCGGACACGACGGGUGUCAUCGCAGCGUCUGUCAUCAUCAUUGUCGUUAUAAUCAUCAUAUUACUACUCUACGCCGCCUGGUAUAUACGCAGAUCUCGUCACAUGAAGGGGCGUUAUAAACCGUCACAAAUUGAGGCGGCAAACCGGCCUUCUGUAGCAGUUAUCCCCCUUGAUAAAAUAAUUGAUCCAACCACAGGAGAGAGGCUGAUUUGACCAGGAUCAAGAUGGUUGCAUUUGUGACAAAAUUAACAUUAUCAUAUAUUAAUUUAUUAUUUCAACUUGUCAUUUGUAAAAUAACGCAUUUAAGUUAAUUUGUAAUACACACCCUACUUUAUAUACAUUUAUAAUUAAAGUUUAAAUGUUUGGAUAUAUAUUUUCAUAAUAAAAUUUGAUUCCAUUAUGUAUCAUAA